CCUGUGCUGAAACUCUGCGCAUGCGCGGAGCGCCCGCGGAAAUUCAAACGCUCGAGCUCAGCUGACAGACGUGGACGUUUGGAAACUCCACAAACUCUGCCACGGUUAUUUUACUAAGGUGAUAAGAUGGAAAAUCAGAAGAGACCGAGAGAUCCACUGGAGGAAAACUCUUCAGCUUCUAGUGAACUUGAAAAUGUGUUGAAGAAAAGGCGGCUGGCAGCAGUGGGAGAGGAGAACCUGGACCCCAAGAAAUCUCCUGCCAGAACACACUUGCGAUUGGCAGAGCUGGAGGUGAAACCAGACACUCCAGCUAUAACCUCCAUCCGCUCCAGAGUCCAGCAACUCAGCCAGAGACGAGAUGGUGGGACUGGGUUAGUCCAGCGCUGCCUGUCUGACCCCGGGUCCGAGGGUUGCACUGACAGCAUGUCCUCGCAGAUCUGUCAUAUCGGUGAGGGAGAGUUUAGCUCUCGCCUGCAGUGCUUCAAAGCUCCGACGCUACUGAACAGCCCCGGUCGCUCCACCCCCUGCACACGCAAUCUCUCCAGCUUUGUGCAUGGCAUGCAACAGCAGCUGAACACUGCAGUGACACCCAGCAGUAAAGAGGCCUCCCGUAUCCGCCAGGCACGUGAGGAUGAGUUGCGUCAAUUGAAGGUUCAGCCAGUGGCAGAAAACCUGUGGUUGAAGAGGAGUCUGUCUGACUCUUCCCUCAUUGAGAGGUCAUCUCCAUCCACAUCCUCUCCCUGGGUUUACAGGCAAAAUCGAAAACCCCAGUGGCCUCCAUUACAGCCUGGGAGUGAAGAGUUAAAGGGAUCUGAAUUCAGCUCCUGUGAGGUUGACAGUAAGGUAUUUGAUGAAAGUCUGAACACCACACCGCCAUGUUCUGUGGACAUCUGUUUCCCCAGUGAAGAACUUUAUACAUCUAUAGAACCUGGGGCUUUGAGCACUUCCACUCUAAUUUACAAGAUGUUUGAAGACGUCCUGCAACAUGCAGACAAGGAAGGUGAAGAUGGAAAUAAGGAAGAGGGGGUGGAGAAAGAUGAGAGCAAUUCAUCUGAGACUGAAAAGGAAGACAAAACGGAAUCGGACACAGUUGAAAAGGAAGACAAACAGGAACCAGUCACAGUCACAUUAAAUGAGUAUCCUCUUGACCAGAGUGAGAUGUGUGAAGAGAGUGAAGAAACUCCUGAUGCCAGUUCUGCAACAGAGAAAGAGAAGGAGCUCCAGUCUGUUGAUGAUGGUGAAGGAGAGAUGGAAGAAAAGCAGGAGAGCACCCCCAUGGUUGAUGAGGACUUUCUAACCCUGCCACCCAGCUGUAUCCUCUCUCCUCUCAGCAAAUCUGUGGAGGCUGUUGUCACACCACUGAACAUUGAAAUCAUUGUGUCUGAGCCAUCAGUACAGCUGCCCUCACCUGAAGAAAUGACAGCUAGUCCUGCUGACUGCGGUCAACCUUUAUACAGCAUUGACGCCUACCGCUCACAGAGGAAGAUCCAUCCCCCCUCUACUCAGAGCUUGACCCCUGGAGUUCAGAAGCAGGUUCAAGAGAAGACCUGCUCAAAAAAGCCCAUAAACAUCAAGGAGAGAAUUAAGGUUUUAAACGAGGAGGCAGCCAAGUUGCAGACAAUCAUCACGCAGACAUUGCAGGCUCUGAGCUGCUGCUGUGAUGAGGAACAUGGGAAAGGUUCCCAGCAGGAGGCCGAAGCUGAGAAACUCCUGCUUGUCUCCAGUGAGAAGCGAGCAGCCUUACUGGCUGACGUCAGCAGGCUGAGAGAGGGUGAGUCUGGUGAGCCAGACUCCCAGAAUGCACCUCUGCAGCCCUGCAGAGGCACAGUCGGCAUCAGCAGCAUCCAGCUGCCCCUCAAAGUAGAGUUUGUGUGCUCUGCUCGCACAGGCCGCCCAACACACUACUUCUUCGUUUUGAUCCGUUAUGGCCCAUGUAAUAUUGUGGCAACGCCUUUGGCUACAGCUGCUGAUGCCCAAAAUGGAGACACCAUCACGUUCCCAACGUCUAUUACACUACAAGACAUUCGCUCCAAUUUUGAGAUUGAUGUUGAGGUCUACAGUUUGUCCAGUACUCAGAGUACUACCUGCAGCAUGAAUAUUCAGCAGUUCCGCAGCUCAACAAAGUCAAAGGUGACACCCAAGAAGAUUCUCCACAGCAUCACAAAAUCUAACCAGAGUGUAACAUCUGCUACUCUGCCUGGUCUGAGUGCCCAACGCUCUAGUAACUUCACAUUAGUAGGCUCUCACAAGAUUACCUUGAAUUCAUUGGGACAGAGCAAGUUUCCUCUGGACAAGAUGAAAUUUGAAGGCAAAAUCAGGCGACUCCUUGGAGAUGAGUUUCAGGAAAAGGUUCCCUUUCUCUCUCCUCUAGAGGGCCACAUCUAUCUGCGGCUGCACAGCGAGGGCCACUCCAACGUCCAGCAUCAGGGCUUUUUGACUAUGUUUGAGGAUGUGAGUGGCUUUGGAGCUUGGCAGAGGUUCUACUUCCUUCUGGAAGGAGGACACCUUCUCUACUGGAACUACCCGAAUGAGAUGGGCAACAAGCCAGCAGAUGGCAGUCUCUCUCUCUUUGGCUUCUGCAGUGUCAGGCCUGUGGAGCGAGAGUGCUGUGCACGGCCACACACCUUUGAAUUAGUAGAGACAAACACCCUCCAGCAAGAACACAGCCAAACCUUGAAGAAGUGCUGGUUUUCAGCAGACACACGAGAAGAGAGGUCUGACUGGAUGGAGAAACUGAAUCAGACCUUAAUUGAUUCUCUAACCUGGAACAGGAAGCCUGUCUCCAACGAUAACAGGGCCAGCACGUCUUCUAACUCCGGAAACUCUCGUGAGAGCAUCCUGUAACACAACACAAAUGUGAACCCUCACCAUGUAACACUAAGGAAGGAUCAUAUGUGGCACUAAAAAAAGUACAUGAAGAGCUUCUGAGAAUAAACCCGGGGGG